UGCACACAACCGGAUGCGCGGUUUUGGUUUUAACUCAACGGCAGUCAACCCGGAAAAAGCCAUGUCACUGCUAUCAUGUGCUAACGCUAACUCUCCGGGUCUUGCUCCAAAACACGUAUUUAAUCCUCAGUACCAUGACAUUCAGCGGCGCUCGCGACUGGUAACAGUGUAGCCGGAGGAUCCAGGACUAAAACAAACCAGGCACAAUCAAUAAGGAUUUCUGGAUGCUUCUCGGUUGAAGGAAUUCACUGAAGACUGGUCUCUUCAAGCUCAUUAUCCUUUAGAGUGCAUUCUUGGAAAGACAGUACUGAAACUUGCAGCGAGGACCGUACACUCCAGGUUCUGGGACAUGCCUUACCUGGACAGACACAAUCGCAUCUGUGGAUUUUUGGACGUUGAGGAAAAUGAGAACAGCGGCAAGUUUUACCGGCGUUACUUCAUCUUGGACACGCCGCGUAACUCUCUGGUCUGGUACAUGGACAAUCCACAGAAUUUGCCAGAGGGAGCAGACUCUGUUGGAAGUGUGAAGCUGAGUUACAUUUCAAAGGUUGGCGAAGUCUCUGUCAAACAGAAACCCAAGACUGAGUUUUGCUUUGUGAUAAAUGCUCUGUCUCGGCGGUACUUCCUGCAAGCCAACGAUGCCAUGGACUUAAAGGAGUGGGUGAUCGCCUUGAAUAAGGCCACUAAAAUUACAGUUCCCAAAAACCCAGCACCGGUUACUCAGAGCACGGACACUGUCCCUGUGACGAGCCAGGCUCAGUCAGCAACUCGACAGGCCUACAAAACGGAGAUAGUUGGAGGCGUGGUUGUCCACACACCGGUCCAGCAGAACGAAUCGGAUGAUGUGUUCACUAAUGAAGUUGCUCCACACACGACUCUGAGGAGAUGCCAGAGUUUACGGCCAAACAUUGUGAGAUCAGGCUACUGCGUCAAACAAGGCAACGUGAGAAAAAGCUGGAAAAGAAGAUUUUUCAUUUUAGAUGACCAGACUGUGAGCUACUAUAAAAAUGAAACGGAUAAAGAUCCGUUACGCAGUAUUCGGCUGAGGGACAUACAGAAGGUUCACGAGUGCCUUGUAAAAUCAGGGGAUCUGCUGUGCCGUGACAACCUUUUUGAGAUCAUCACAAAUGCAAGAACCUUCUACAUUCAGACGGACACACCUGAAGAAAUGAACGGCUGGAUAAAAGACAUUGCAGCAAAAAUUCAGGACUUUAGAGGACCAUCAAAGAGUUAUCGCUCAGGCUGUCAGGUGAAACCACCCCUGAUAAAAUCCUGCUCCACAGCACAGUCCUGGCAGCCAUGGACCCCAGUCCCUAAGAAAACCACUCGUUCAGUUGAUGAAGAGUUAAAAGAAAGCACAUUUUGCUCGCUGCCCUCUCUCCCGGAUGCACAGGAGAGCUCUGAGUCCAGAAUACGCCAGAGACACCACUCUCAGCCUCAACAAUCUGCCACAGACCCACACUUUGCCAUGGAUAUGGACACUCACAUACGCACCUCUGAUGUCUAAGUCUGUUUCCUGCUAUCCACACUUUGUUUUAUUACAUUAUCUUUCAUCUUUUAUUUGUGCUUUUUUUUUUCUUUCUCAAAUGAAGGCCUUCAGAUUUCACACAACAUGCAAAUGCUUUUAGACAUAAUAAGUGCGACGGAAAGCAUGGAACAAGCCCAAGUGGCUUUUGAGAUCCUCGUCCGUGAGACUGUACAAGUGAAUUUAUUUUAUGAAAGGUGCUGAAAGAAGGAGCUAUCUUUUUUUUUUUGGUGAAGAAAUAAUAUGUUGAAGCCAGGCUGUAUAAUGUUUUGUGAAUAUAUAGAGAGUUUUCCAUUUAUAAGUGACAAUAUAUUUGUCUUUGCUCCACAGUGUAUCAUGUAUGGCAGACACUUGAAAGUAUUAUGGAUCGUAAAAAUGUAGACAGGUUGUUUUUGAUUGUAUUGUACUUUUAAAGUGUGCAUAAAAUGCUGCUGCGCUAAAAAAAAAUUCAAAAUAAAAUAAAUGGGAGAACUG